GGUUGCCGUGGAGACCGAGCGAGCUUUGUGGAUGCCGAGGCGCGCUGAGGCCCGGCCUUCUGCUGUUCGUCUGCAGAGGGGAUUCACAGGACUGACGCCAAGAUGAUGCUUUCAAGGGCCAAACCUGCUGUAGGCAGGGACCUACCGCAUACUGACAAAAGAAAGAAGAAAGGUAGGAAGAUUCCAAAACUAGAGGAGCUACUUUCACAAAGAGAUUUCACUGGAGCUAUUACCCUGUUGGAGUUCAAACGUCAUGUUGGGGAACAAGAAGAGGACACUAAUUUGUGGAUUGGAUACUGUGCUUUUCAUCUGGGUGACUACAAGAGAGCUUUGGAGGAAUAUGAAAAUGCAACAAAAGAGGAAAAUUGCAAUCCUGAAGUCUGGGUGAACCUAGCCUGUACCUACUUUUUUCUUGGAAUGUAUAAACAAGCUGAAGCAGCUGGAUUUAAAGCUCCAAAAAGCCGACUUCAAAACCGCCUGCUCUUCCACUUGGCUCACAAGUUUAAUGAUGAGAAGAAAUUGAUGAACUUUCAUCAGAAUCUUCAGGAUAUCACAGAAGAUCAACUCAGUUUGGCCUCAAUCCACUAUAUGCGAUCUCACUACCAAGAAGCUAUUGAUAUUUAUAAGCGAAUACUGCUAGAUAACAGGGAGUACCUUGCCCUCAAUGUUUAUGUGGCCCUGUGUUACUACAAGCUGGAUUACUAUGAUGUGUCUCAAGAAGUUCUGGCUGUUUAUCUUCAGCAAAUUCCUGAUAGUACCAUCGCACUCAAUCUUAAGGCCUGUAAUCAUUUUCGCCUUUACAAUGGCAAAGCUGCUGAGGCAGAACUCAAAAGCUUGAUGGACAACGCUUCUUCUUCCUUUGAAUUUGCUAAAGAGCUCAUCAGGCACAAUCUGGUUGUUUUCCGAGGAGGUGAAGGGGCUUUGCAGGUUUUGCCUCCCCUGGUUGAUGUCAUUCCUGAAGCUAGGCUAAACUUAGUGAUUUACUACCUUCGUCAAGAUGAUGUACAAGAAGCUUAUAACUUAAUUAAGGAUCUGGAACCUACUACUCCUCAGGAGUAUAUCCUCAAAGGAGUGGUCAAUGCAGCCCUUGGCCAGGAAAUGGGUUCGAAGGAUCAUAUGAAAAUUGCCCAGCAGUUCUUCCAGUUGGUGGGAGGAUCAGCUAGUGAAUGUGAUACAAUACCAGGGAGGCAGUGCAUGGCUUCCUGUUUCUUCCUGCUUAAGCAAUUUGAUGAUGUCUUGAUUUACCUCAACUCAUUUAAGAGUUACUUCUAUAAUGAUGACAUCUUUAACUUUAAUUAUGCCCAAGCCAAAGCUGCAACUGGCAAUACCAGUGAGGGUGAAGAGAUUUUCCUUUUAAUCCAAAGUGAGAAGAUGAAAAAUGACUACAUUUACCUCAGUUGGUUAGCUCGGUGCUACAUUAUGAAUAAGAAACCAAGACUAGCCUGGGAACUUUAUCUCAAGAUGGAAACCUCUGGCGAGUCCUUUAGCCUCUUACAGCUCAUUGCUAAUGACUGCUACAAGAUGGGCCAGUUUUACUAUUCAGCCAAAGCAUUUGAUGUCUUAGAGAGGCUGGAUCCCAACCCUGAAUAUUGGGAAGGCAAGAGGGGUGCCUGUGUAGGCAUAUUCCAGAUGAUCUUAGCUGGGAGAGAACCCAAAGAGACCCUUCGAGAAGUGCUCCAUUUACUGAGAAGCACGGGUAACACCCAAGUAGAGUACAUCAUCCGGAUCAUGAAGAAAUGGGCCAAAGAAAACAGAGUGCCUGUCUAAAAUAGCUCCAGAGUCCUAAGGAACCAGUCACCACAUUGACAUAAAAUUGGAAGUCAUUUUCCUCAAGUUUAUGUAAGAUGCGGGGCUCUGUUUUAUUGACACUUCCUUCCUUGCUCUGCGAGCCUCAAGAUCAGUGACUGGCUUGCUUAGACCGAGCCUCCUGGCUGAACUAAGAGCCAUAAUUUGUGCUGUGGCUCCUGUAUGAUCCGACGAGCAAUAAGACUUUGGACUUGUCUGGUGCCUUUCUUCUAAAAAUACUCAGAGUCCUCUUAUGUGAUUUACUGACUUUAAGGAGAAUGGCAUAACUUUUUUUACAUAUUAGCAUUCCAUGGCAUUUUCUCCAAGCUACAAUAACAAAUGCCUUUAAUGCUCAAAGGUCACCAUCAUUCUGUCAUCUUAAUUUUAGCCAUCUAUGUACAUUAUCCUG